AUGCUCGUGGCGGCAUCGGCCGCUGCUGCUGAUGCGCUUGCUCUCGCGGUUGCCGCCGUUGCCGACUGCCCAGCGUGGACGGCGGCUGCGGCGGACCUCGUCGCGGCCCACGAGUUGCUACCUGCUCCGGGGAGCCUACCGCAGCCGUGCGGUUACCCUCGCGCAGCGGUGCCUGUGGCGAUAAUUCCAGGCGCGCCGAGCUGGCUGGCGCUGGCCGGCUUUGAUCUUGCCGCCGCGCUCCCGCUCGUCCGCCUCUCCGCCGUCACCUGGGCCAAACAGCAGCGGAAGCACCCGGACAUCGGCCCGAGACUGUGGGCCUUUCUUCCACACAUCCUGGAUUCGUCGAUGGUUGUGCACGAGGGCCGAAAUGGCUACACCCGCCACUUGCUCUUCCUCCCACGGCUUCCACUCGAUCGACCCGGCGGUCGCCACCCCUGGGAGCGAUUCAAGGUUGUCGUCAAGGCUACGCUCGCCGGCGAUCGCCUCUACCUCCCCUCGUUCCACCGGCUCGACAACGACGAGCUGCCGGUCAUUGCCGCCGCCGGCAUCAUUUUGCGCCACGGCCCGCAUCAUCACUUUUACUCGUCGUACGAGCUGUGCUGA